UCCUCAGGUGUGUUGUUGUAAAUGUGGCAGCGGGCAAUAACUGAGCUAAAAAAAAAAAAGAAUUAGCUUCUGCCGUACAUUUUCCUUCUCAGAACAUUAAUAUCUCAAAUGUUUGAUUUGAAGAAAGAGUGGAGCAUCUCCUUUGCAGGAUGCGGGUUCAUGGGGAUUUACUAUGUUGGUGCCACCAGUUGUAUCCUUGAACGGUUCCCUCGGUUCAUACAAGACGCUUCUAAAAUCUAUGGAGCCUCUGCAGGGGCUUUGACGGCUGCUGUUCUUACUUUGGGAAUACCACUAGAGAAGUGCUGUGCCGACUUGAUGUCAAUAGCCAAAGAGGCUAGGAAGCACAAACUGGGACCCUUGCAUCCAUCUUUCAAACUGCUUCAGAGAGUGCAGGACACUCUGCUGAAGCAUCUACCAGAAGAUGCCCUUGUUCGAGCCUCUGGGAAGCUCAGCGUGUCCCUGACCAGAGUGUCUGAUGUGAAGAACGUACUAGUGUCAGAGUUUGACAGCAGAGAAGAGCUCGUUCAGGCCCUCAUAUGCAGCUGCUUCAUCCCGUUUUACUGUGGUGUCAUUCCACCCAGAUACCGUGGAGUGCACUAUGUGGACGGUGCCAUCACUGACAACCUGCCCGGUUGUCAACUGAAACAGACAAUCACGUUCUCGCCAUAUGCUGGCAAGAGUGAUAUCUGCCCCCGGGCAAGCACACUAAACCUCCCUGAGGUACGCUUCAACAAUGUCAGCAUCCAGGUCAACUCAGAGAACCUCUACAGAGUGACCAGCACCUUCUUCCCUCCAGAGCCUGAGGCAAUGGCUGAAAUUUGCAACAAUGGCUACAGGGAUGCUUUUCGUUUCCUACAAGAAAACAAUCUGAUCAGCAGUGAGUGUCCCAUAAGAAAUCUGGCGAUCGAUUCAUUUAAAAAUGUCUGCUGUGAAGUGGUGAAGGAGUCCAGCGUGAAGGCACAGCAGGAUGGAUUGAACACACUUCGGGAAGAUCACUGGUGGUUGGAUCCACACCUCGUAGAAAAUCUCCCGAUUGAAAUUCAAAGGGUGCUAUGCGUGGCCUGCAGAGAGACACGUACUGCUGAUGGUCUGUUCUCCUACAUGACUGGGUACCUGCCAAAGAAAGUGACUUCUUACAUACAGAUCCCCUAUUUUCUGCCUGUUGAGUUGGUCAGCUCUCUAUCCCAGAGAUUAGUUUACUGGAUUCCAGAUCUACAGAGGGACAUGAGCUGGCUCUAUAGCAUGGUUGGAGACAUAUACAAACAAGCAUUGAAGGACAACAAGGAGGAGAGUGAUAGUGAACCACCUCUGCGCAGAUCUAAAAGCCUGCCGUUAGGCCUGAACCUGUGCAGUGAAGGAGAAGGAGAUAUAAACAAUUCCUCAGUGACCCCAGAAGCCACUUCUGCCUCUAGCCGUACCUUUACGUGCAACACACACAGUACAUUGGCUCACAUGCUUCUGAUACCACCCACUGGCAGCGGCACGUCUGGGUUUAAUGAAACCACCCUAAAACCAAGUGCAGGUAGAGGCUGGGGUUUGGGCAGAGUUACGGGAUGGCUGGGAAAUUCAACCAAACAAACUUGAAAUCUCAAGGAAAAAAAAAAACCAUAACAAGCAAAAACAACUGUGAUUGUGUGUAGCCCAGUCUGAGAAACUGCAAGACAUAUUAUCUUUAUGCCAGCAGCUGGCAACAUCAGCUAAACAAAGAAAACAAAUAAAUAAACAAAUAAUGAAUUACAAUAAUCUUUUUUGCCACUGUAAUAGGAUAUAAUGAAAAAGAAAAUCAUUUAUCUGUGUCAUCAUGCCUCAAUGCCCUGUUUACAAGCUUAGAUAAAUCAUCUCUUUCUUGCCUACAAACUAUGCAAAAUGGCAUGGCCGGAUUACCAUGUUCUAGUAAGCAAGCUCACAUUGCUCAUUUUUUAAAUUUAAAAGUAUUGUAUUUACGCUAAAUAGAGAGGCUGUAGUCUAUUUACCCCAUCUUCUCCUUAAACACACUGCUAUUGGCUCAGUCAGUUGUUCCUCACACAUCACUGAACACUAAAGAGUGGACAGAGCCUUUCAGACACUGGCACUAAGGGCUUGAGAUGGUCUCCUACUACAACUAUACAUACCUGACUCUGUGGACUCCUUUAAAAUGCAUUUGCAAACUUGUCUUUCAUAUGUAUAUAUUCCUGCUAUUUUCUAUUGUGAUUCUUCCAAGUUUUUAUUUUGUUUAUUCCGUAAACUUGUAUGGCUCUUUGUGACUACAUAGCUGUAUAAGUGUU